ACCGACACCGACACAUGCAUAGUAUGAAAAUUUUAACGUAAACAACAACAACGUAACGAGUUGUUGAGUUUAUUUUUAUUUUGGCCAAACUUCUUUCAUUCAGUUUACCGUUCCUAUUCUUUAGGAAUUUCUUGCCGAAUUCCUACAUUUUUGCUCGUUCUUCCAAGUUGUUCCCCCUUGACGACGGCUCCAAGCAGUUUUGUGGCUAGAUGUCUUAUCUAGUGAUUCACCAUUUAUUUGAUCAAAUUUGCUCAUCCAUCUGAUCCAAUUUUAAGCCGGUCGGUGGAAAGUCUUACUGAGAAGCCCUUGCUAUGGGUUUCACUUAAAAAUUCUGGAAUAGGUAGCAUCACUCUUUGAGUGUCAAUCUGAGCACAAUUGCCAGUUGUCAGGAACAUGAACAAUAAAUCCCUAGGUUGUACUAAACAUGAAAGCGUAGUGUGAAGGAGCCAGUAGAUACUCAACAAAGAUGGGGCGCUCAAAAGGACCUGGAAGAUCAACUCAACCCAAACAGAAAUGGAGAAAAAUUUUGUAUGGUAACAGGGAAUACCCAGACAAUUACACUGACAGUUCAUUUCUGCAGGAGAUGAGAAAAAAUGUUCACAUUUAUCAUGUAUCGUUUCAUGAAGCGUUUUUGGGCGCUGGAAGGGUAACAAAUGCAUUGUGCAUUGUCGUAUUAUUUUGUGUAGUAUUUGCAUAUUUAUAUAAGCAGUCCUUAGAUCCUUAUACCGUUUUUGUGUAUAAUUGUGCAGGAACUGCCAUGGGAUACCUGUGGUAUAGAUGUCAAACAAUUUUUGAGGAUGGGUAUUGGAAUUAUUUCUUAAGAGACAUGAGAAUGGUAGUCAUCUUUUUAGCUGUAGGUUUUGCCUUGUCUCCAAUUUUAAAAACCUUGACUGAAACAAUUAGUACUGACACAAUUUAUGCCAUGACAGUAUUUAUGAUGUUUAUUCAUCUGGUUUUCAAGGAUUAUGGUGUUUCAGCAGGUAUAGUUAGUAGUUCCCUCUCUUUCAAUGCUGCCAUUUUUGGAUCAAUAUGUUUAGCUUCAAGGUUGGCGUCAUCAUUUCAUGCUUUUGUAUUACUCUCAUUAUCUGUUGAAGCUUUUGUUCUUUUACCGGUUCUUAUGGUAAAACUUGGGCAAUCAGUAACAUUGUUAGUAUUAAUAAUUUCAGUAACUAUCACAGCUCUGUGGAGCCUUUCUAGUUCUAUGACUGUAUUCUUCAUCCUGUUUAUUUGUUUUGUUAAUGUAGUGUGUCCCUUUUGGUUUCUGAAAUGGCAAGUUUACAAAGAAAAUAUUUAUGGACCUUGGGAUGAAGCAACAGUGGAGGAUGCAGAUAACAUAUGUCUUGAAUAAAGAGAGUGUACAUUUGAUUAAAAUCAUUUUAUUUACAAAAUUA